GUCGGAACUUAGCAGCGUGACACCCAGCGGAAGUAAACAACUCAGGCAAGACGUGUGAGCUGCAUGUAUGUAUUGAAUUAGCACACUUAAAUAUUUAACGUGUAAUGAAGCGACAAUGUCUUCAGUUCAGUGUUUGAGAGAGUUCAUCAAUGAGCGACUAACUGCUGCUGCUGAAGAAAUAUUCCAAGUUUUUCAAAAAACUAUCGUGGAGUACGAGGAAGAGAUUGAUCGUCAGCGCAGACUGCUGGAUAUCGUUUGGAAACCUGCAAUUAUUUUAAACAGGAUAGAGCUCCCACAGCAUCAUGUCUGUGAGGAAGAGGAGGUUCUCAGUAACCAGCACUUCUGUAACCAGGAGAGGAACUCCAGUUUGGACCAAGAGGACCCAGAGCCUCCACAGAUUAAAGAGGAACAGGAGGAACUCUGCACCAGUCUGGAGGGAGAGCAGCUGGUGCUGAAACAGGAGACUGAAACCUUUAUGUUGACUCCUACUUGUGAGGAAAGUGACAACAGUGAAGACCAGACAUUAGACUUGAGUCCUGUUGAAACUCAGAGUGCAGCAGAGAAAGAGCAUGUUGUCAGCAUGUCAGUUAAAAGUUCUGUGGUAACAGAACCAAAUAGUGACAACCAGCUCCUCUCUCACAACUCUCAUGUAGCUGAGAGCCAAGAUCACAAAGGAGGCAAACAAGGAGACUCAGGAUCAACUAGAAAUACAGGGACAACACUACAGAAGAGACAUCAUAACAGCAACAGACACACUGACAGUGAACACAACUCUACUAUGAUAAAGAUGAACAAUAAUACCUACAACAGUGAAAAGUCUUUCAAAUGUGACGCUUGUGGAAAAGCUUUUAAGUAUAUGUCCAAAUUGCGUAGACACCUGACAAUCCACACAGGUGAGAAACCAAAGACUUGUGAAACAUGUGGGAGAGAUUUCAGAUUUAAUAGUGGGUUGUUGGCCCACAUGAGAACCCACACAGGUGAGAAGCCGUACCUUUGCAACACCUGUGGGAAAAGGUUUUGCAAAUCGUCAAACUUGAUAAAACACAAAAGAAUACAUACAGAUGAAAGGCCAUAUCCUUGCAAUAUAUGUGGGAGACAUUUCAUAUCUAAAUAUGUAUCGGUGGUCCACAUGAGAAGCCACACAGGGGAGAAGCCGUACAUUUGCAACACCUGUGGUAAAAGAUUCAGUGAGAAGUCAAAAUUGAAAAGGCAUAUGAAAACCCACACAGGUGAGAGGCCGUACCUUUGCAGCACCUGUGGGAAAAGAUUUAGCCGGAAGGCAACUUUGACAAAUCAUAUUAUGAGAUACCAUACAGGUGAGAAGCCGUAUACUUGCAAAAUAUGUGGAGGAGAUUUCAGAUCUAGCAGUAACUUGAAUUGUCACAUGAGAACCCACAUUGAUGAAAAGAUGAAUAACUGCAGCAUGGAGGAGGAGGAAAAGAUGUGUAAUGACACAGUCUUUACGUAGAAGCGUCUUUGUUUCUGAAUGAACAUUUGUAAUUUUCUUUUAACACACUACCUCAGUGCAAUAUAAUAAAACACGUUUUUUCCCCCUUGACAUUACUGUAUGUUUGAGCAACAGCAUUCCUAUAACUUGUUUGAUAUUGUGCACAGUGGUUGUUAGACUGAUGGUGUGAUGUGGAUAACAGCAUUUGCCAAAUGUUAUUAAUGUUAAUUUUUCUAACGACUUGCAUUUUGUUGCUCAUAGUCCUUAUGUGCAAUCAGUACACAACAGGCUGAUUUAGAUACAAUUUGACGGACAAGAGAUGACACUAAAAACUGAAAAAAGCAUCAGGUUUGUAAUGAAAUAUUCUUUGACAUAUAAGUAGUAUUGUCAUACUUAACUACAUUUCUGAAGCAAAUAUUGCACUUAUUGUACUUUUUAUACCAAUAAAUUUAUGACAGCUAUAGUCACAAUUAUUAUUAUUAUUAUUGUUAUAUGUUCACUGGAGGCUUCAAGUUUCCACAUCACACUUGUGUAAGUUGAAUGAUUGACCAGGAUUAGCUUCCAAACUAGUUUUAAUGUCACAAAUCAUGUUCAUAGGUUGACCAUUUAAAACCUGACUCAAUGAGCACAGAGAAACUUUCCACUUUAAGCAGAUGAAUGUGAAAUCAGCUUUCUGGUGUCAAACAUAUUUUUGAGUGGAAGGGAACUUUAAACUAUCCAACACUACAUAAAAAAGUCAAAUUAGCUGCAAAAUAAAAAUGAUUGUGAUAAAUGAUAAAUGUGUUUACAUGUUAAUGAUCUGGACUAAUAAUGCUGAAAGGGGCCAUUCUGAGGAAGGAGUGCAUUCAUGUUUCAUAUUUUAUAUACAUUUUGCUGAUAGUUAUCAAAACUUUUACUUUACUAACAUUUUGAGUGCAUGAGUACUACUUCUGUAAAAUUGUUUGUACUUAAGAAGAAUAUCUGACAACUGCCAUGAUUUUUAUGCAAAAUCAUUCUCUUUGAAGUCUUUUAAAUCUACGGUUGUAUGUUAAAUAUACGUGUGCAGAAAAAGUACCAAACGUCCCUGUGAAAUGAAGGUAGAUGUACAUUUUUGCUGCUACUAUUAACCACACAAGUCUUAAAUAAAGUGCCAGCAACAAAUCUAUUUUGGUUUGUGUUGGGAAUUCAUUUUCCCCAGUA